AUGAGUAAGAAAUUCAUGGCGGAUAACAGAUUUGUGGUUCCUUACAAUCCAUGGCUUCUUCAUAAAUACGAUUGCCACAUCAAUGUAGAAGUUUGUUCCAGUGUACAAAGUGUGAAGUAUCUUUACAAGUACGUCUACAAGGGCCCAGAUCGUAUUUUCUUUAGAGUGCAGCGAGUGCGUCCAGAAUUCGAGAAUGACAUGGUAACACGUUAUAUCAAUGCAAGAUGGGUGUGUGCUCAAGAGGCAAUGUGGAGAAUAUACAGGUUUGCUAUGAAUAAGAUGUGUCCAGCAUUUCAACGAUUACAUUUGCAUAUGCCCAAGAAAAACAGUGUCAUGUUAUACGAGCAUCAAACAGUCAAUGAGGUCUUGGAAAAUGAAAAUAAUUCCAAAACGACAUUGACUGAGUAUUUUGUUACAAAUGCCUGUGAUCCUACGGCUAGGCAGUGGUUGUAUCGGGAGUUUCCUGAACAUUAUAAAUGGGAUAAAGCAACUAUGAAAUGGCAGAAAAGAAGAACUAAACAGAGGGUCAUUGCUAGGGUAUAUUUUGUACCCCCUACUGCAGUUGAAAGAUUUGUUGACCGCAAACAAUUUCGAAUAUUUAAAACUGCAGCGGGGGCACGUGGGUUGUUGGAAAAUGAUAAUAGUUUGAGGGCGUGUAUGGCUGAAGCAGCAACAAACAAGAUGCCGUCAGCUUUGAGAACUCUUUUUGGUAGCAUAUUGGUUUUUUUCAACUCGAUGGACACUAGAAAGCUGUGGGAGGAGUUCUUCAACGACAUGGUCGAAGAUUAUGCAAGUUCAAGUGAUACAAGCUCCGCAUACUUAUCAGAUCAUCUUCUUAGAGAGUUGGGGCAAAUGCUUCAUCAACAUGGCAAGCGUCUAAAAGAUUAUGAUCUUCCAGCAAUUGUGGGCAUAUUGGAUGAUAAUUUACAGAUGUCUGAUUUGAUCGAGGAGGAGGUAUCCAUUCCGGUUUCCGAAAAAGAUAUGAUGAAUGUGGACAAGUUGAAUGAAGAUCAGUCCAAGGCUUACGAUGCAAUUAUGGGUGCCGUCCGAAGAAAAGAAAGCAGGGUAUUCUUUGUUGAUGGUCCAGGAGGUACCAGAAAGACUUUUCUCUACCGUGCUAUUUUGUCGACCGUUAGAAGAAAUGGUGGAAUUGUCAUAGCAACAACUACGUCUGGAGUAACAGCUACUAUGUUACAUGGCGGAAGAACUGCACACUCAAGAUUCAAGCUUCCAUUCACCCCAGCAACAUCUACAUGUGACAUCGCUAAAAAUGACAAGUUGGCUGAUCUUCUCCUUCAAGCUACUGUGAUCAUGUGGUAUGAAGCUACCAUGGCACAUCGGUAUUCUGUCGAGGCAUUUGAUACGGCUAUGAGAGAUAUAACUUGUAACGAGAAGCCGUUUGGUGGUAAGAUUUUUAUUAUGGGAGGUGAUUUCCGUCAGGUUCUGCCAGUUGUACCAAAAGCUUCAAGGGGGAAAAUGGUUGAUUCGUGUCUUACCAGGUCGUCUCUGUGGAGACAUGUAGAGGUUCUUCGUCUGAAUAAGAAUAUGCGUGCAGUGGGCGAUACGUCUUAUUCUGAUUUCUUGAUGCGAGUUGGUGAUGGAAAUGAACCUUCUUUGCCAAAUGACAUGAUAAAGAUGCCAGAUGAUAUGGUGAUACCCUGGAAUGGUGAAGAUUCAGUGUCUCAACUGAUAGAUGUUACCUUUCCCGACUUGGCAGAUAAUUCUAAGGAUCAAGAUUACUUGCUUAACCGGGCACUGAUUACACCACUGAAUGAGCAUGUCGAUAAGUUAAAUGAUCGAGUGGUUAGCAUGUUUCUGGGAGAAGAGCAUAUGUAUUAUUCAUUUGAUUCUGUGGAAAUGAUUUCCAAAACCUCUAUCUUCAAGAACACUUGA